UUCCCUUGUGCUUUACUUAUCUUGAUUUUUAUUUGCUACGGUGGAAUCUGAUUGGUAUUUGUCUGUUUUAUGCUUAUGAUAGAUGCCUGGCAUUUGAGGAAGACCUGCGCAAUUUUAAUACCUGUGGCUGUCGAGAAGGACGCUAGGAGUGAUAUUCCUGAAAUUGACAGGAAGAAAUACCAUGUCCCUGGUAAAAUGACUCUUGGAGAAUUCAUCUUAUUUAUUCGGGUUAGCAUCAGGAUAAGCCAAAAAAAGCCAAUAUUUGUCUCUUUCAAGAACACUAAGCCUCCCCUUGGUGCUUUGUUUUAUGAAAUUGAUGAGCAAAAUAAGGGCGAAGAUGGAUUUCUGCACAUUACGUACGGUGGGGAAGAGAAUGUUUGUGGAUCAAAUGAAGAGCAAGAACAUGGGGAUAAAAUAUCUUUCGAGAAUGAAUAUUCUCAAGAUUAGAUAGAUGAAGAAUAAACUGUAUAGAUCUGGUUACAAGCAUAUAAUACAUUUGUAAGUCAUGGGACCAAGUUAGUAGUGGGUAUUAAAACUUAAAAAGGAUAUAUAUUAGCAGAGGAGGGAGCCAAAACAAGUAGUAGUGAUAAGUUGAUAGGUACAUACAUGGGUACCGGUGCUGCCCACCUGGAAUCCGGAGCGGCGGAUGUGGACUUCGUCCUCCCCAUCAAGGCCAUUCAGGGAUCCUGGGAAUAAAGAACCAGAAACCUCAUCAGAUCAUUACCCCCCUCCUGAUGGGUCCUUCCCCAACCCGUCGCCUUAAACCCAAUCUCAUGGAUCCCCACCUUCUAAAUCCGACGAUAAUAGAUGAGAGAGAGAUAUGAGCGGCGAUCUUUGUACAAGCUUCUGAAAUAUGGAAUUCAACGUAGCUCAAAUAUGUUACAAAAUCGAAAAAAUAGAACUUUCUGGCCAAAACAAAAAAUAUGGUACAAAGCCCAACUCACUCCUCUCACCUUUCUCGCAUCCCCUUGUUCGAAAUCAGAGGUCUAGGUCAACUCAAAACUCAGCUCUCUUCUCACCUUUUUUUUAGACUUCCCUCACUUCAAAAGUUGAG